GAGCCACAGCAUGUCAGACCUACAGAGAGCCAUUCCUAGGAAACAGAUACCUACAACCCUCUGUGUGGUCACCAGUGCAAAACAACUAAACCACAGCCGACUGAAUAGUUUUAAAUAACUGAAAGUCAACGCGGUGGUGAGAGAGGCAGAGCUUGCUUGCUGUUGAAAACUUUGCAACAGAUAUGGAGCAAAGUUAUUCACGAAGGUCUUCAAUGGCUUUCAUUCUCAAAGAUGGUAAACUGGUUCACCACAGUGAAAAGUCAAUGGAUGCAGGACAAUGCCAUCUGUCCAAGGGCCGGUCUCGGCGGCUAACGUCACGGAGACGGUCAAACAGUGUGAGCAUGUGUGUCUUACCAAGUAUCCCAGAAUAUCCAGGCUUCCAGGAUAUUAAGAGGCACUAUACCAGAGGCAACUCUGUGCUUCAGGAUCUGGGAAGAACAAGACUGGAAAACUCUCCAAGUACAAGAGUGAUGAGCCUAAACAGAAACUUGGGCCAUCCAACGGAUCGUUUUGCGAAAGGGCACUCCAAAAAGAGUUUUUUCUAUGACACAACUUUGCAAGACCAUUACAAUGACAGGCUGAUGGAGUUUAGAAGUUAUGGCACCAAAAAGUCAAAUGGAAAAGGAAACGAGAACCAGAAGCCCAGUUUCACCAGCCACGGAUUAAGGCGGAGAAACAGCUGUGGGGCUAGGAUGCAAGACAUCCUCAGGAGGUUGUCUGAAGACUCCUGCGAUUCAGACCAGAUCCCCGAAAGCAUGCCAACUUGCCCAGAGGAUGAAGGCACCAAUCCGGAAUGCUGUAAGAAGACCUAUUUGGAAAGUUUGAUUCUGAGCAUCAAUGCUCCCCUGGAAAUGCUUGUGCGGAGGGAAUAACCAAUGCAUGUUCACAGACAUUAAUGAACUAAUUCUUCAGAAAGAAGGAUUGAUACCCAGUAACCUUUGUUAAUAUUCAGGAGGCAUACCUAAAUAUGACAUUUCUUAUGGUGCAUGAUACACCAAAUGCUAGGACAAUGCAUGGCAGUACUGUCUACUAUGAUCAAUAUUCAACUAUACUCUGAAACCUUACGUGCAUGGACUUCAGUGUUGGUUGCAUUCUGUCCAGAUUUCUUACAUGGCAGCUACAUUUCUCAUUCUAAACUCUUAUUUAAAUAACUCGAUCUACCUAUUUUGAGUAGUUCAAAUAACUGUAUUUCUCAUUUACCGUAUGAAUUUAUACUUGUUUGUAUUGAUGUGUUUUCCUUGGUGCUAUCAGUCAGAAAUAAGCUCUGAAACAUGUAUAUGAAACUUAAGAAGUUUUUCGAAUGGCAAGCCUUGGCACAAUGUUGCGAUUUGCAUUUUGAAUAUGAUUUCCUUUAAGCCCAGAAUUAAAAAUGUAGAUAUUGUAGACCUCGGAUAUUUCAGUCUUCAGACUUUACACCAUAAUAUCAAUCUAACCAGGGUCAGGUCUGGUUAGUACUAGGAGAAAAGUACCAUAGAUAUCCAGUUAACAUGUUGGAAGAUUCCUGCGUGAAAUCCUAGAGGACUAUGGCUACUCAGAGUUGACAGCACUAUACACCAUGGACCAAUGGGCUGAAUUAAUACAAGAUUAAUAUGUUUUCAUGAUAUAGCAUACAUUGUAAGCUAUUGUAUAUGAACUGGCAUUAGCAGGAUGCUGUCAGUACAAUAUAGUACAACUGCAUGUUAGUUAUCAAAUCUGUGCUUUACCCUAUUCUCAAUGUUAUCUGAGUGCACCCAUUACCUUCUGCCGUAUAAACGAAAAGCUGCAAUACAUUUCCUGUGGAGCAAAAUAAACGCCUUUUUAUAAAAACAA